CCUGCGUCCGGCGAUCUCGGUAUCUAGUCUCCGCCCUACCAUAUUCUCGGAUCCGCGGCGCCUCUAACAGAUCAUCGGCCGACCUUACGUACCCUACGUACCCUACGUAACCCUACGCGUUCUUACGCACGGUUCAACGCGCCUCCUGCGCCCAGCGUUGUGACACUUAAAGUCUUCGUUGUGUAAACUCAGGGUCUGAGGUCAAUCAGUUAUAGAAGCCUGUUCCUCCCGUUAAAUCUUAUUCCAAGUCCAGCUUCGAUCUUCACAAUCUACUACUUUAUAACACCUACAAUGGACACUGCGACACUAGAGCUCAAGUCUGCAAUGGCUUCAUACCCAGUACAUCGAGCGUUGCUCGCGACCCGAUCCACCUUCUUUGAGGGAGCGUGCCGCAACGGCUUUCGAGAGGCCGAGACUGGAGUCAUCGACCUUACUGAAGAUGACCCAGAAGCAGUAGAGUACAUGGUGAAUUACUUCUACCAUCUCGACUAUCUUAACAAGCCGCUAUCUCGUCACUCAUCGCAACGUUGCACUAGAGCCAAUACGCCGCUUUCUUCGCGCUCCGCAAGACACUCUGCGCCUAAGAAAAUAAACCUCGCGCUCGUGGAAGACCCAUUGCUAGCACAAGCUCUCGCAGCUACCAACUCGUUGCCAAUGACGCCUCCUGCAGACGAGCUUACCACCCAGAACUUCAAUGCACCUUCCAGCAAGAUGCCUGACACGCCGAUGGCAGACGAGUCUGCAGCAGAUUACCUCACGAGCGUUCAAUUAGAGCCCGAUGUCGACGAUGAGAAGGCGCAUCUCGUCACACAUGCAAAGGUCUACGCAAUUGCAGAGAAGUACGGCAUUGCUGGCCUGAAAGCGCUUGCACGCAGGAAGUUUGCCCAGGAAAUCGAUCUUCACCUCAAUAGCCCCGAGUUUCCAGAAGCAUGCCAAGAGGCGUACGAAACCACCUUCCAUACUGAUCGAGGCCUGCGGGACUUGAUCAUCCAAACUUUCCGUGCGAAUCCAGGGCUUUCGCUGCGCCCCGAUAUCGAGAUGGCGGUUAGAGAAACCCCGGGACUCGCCUUCGAGCUUUUCAGGAUGGCGAGCGGUCUUCCUGUUGCAUCAUGAAAGCCACGAUCGGACUUUGAUCACCAAUCACAAAGGGACUUGACGCUCUUCGCGCGAAAAUCUACUACGAGGGCUACAUCAUAGUGCUCCUAUGCACUCGUUGUCUCAGUGCCCCGAAUUCGGUCUUGCAAGCCUUCCAGCAUGGGCUGA